CGUACUACACUCCAUUCAUUGGCGUAUGCCAGCAGGCGUAUUUUAACUCGUGUCCUUGCUUUUAGGAAAGUGAAACUACACGCCUGUAGUUGGUCGAAACUGCAGGGUUCGGUGCCUUUAAGAGCCCGGUCCACUCCACUUCCGCAUUCCACGUUUGUAUCCAUGGCAACAGCUUGUAGAGUUUAGUACUCCAAGAUGGCGGACGUGGAGAACGACACAGUGCUCCCGGUGGCCUCACAAGUCAAGAAACGUCAAGCACCUAAAGGUCCAGAGCUUCCUAUUGUGGAGAGGAGAAACUGGCUAAUUCACCAGCACUAUAUACAUAAAGAUUAUGAUAUCUGUAAGGUGAUCAUUAAAGAGCAGCUGCAGGAGACUAAUGGAAUGUGUGAAUAUGCCAUAUAUGUACAAGCACUAAUCUUGCGUCUCGAGGGCAAGAUCCAACAAUCCCUGGAGCUGUUUCAGAGCUGUGCCAUCCUUAAUCCCAGCAGUGCUGACAAUCUGAAACAAGUGGCCAGAUCUCUGUUUUUACUGGGAAAGCACAAAGCAGCGAUUGAAUUCUACCAUGAAGCUGCUAGGCUCAAUGAGAAAGACUGGGAGAUGAGUCAUAAUCUGGGAGUGUGCUAUUUCUUCAUCAAAGACUUCAAACAUGCUGAGGAGCAGCUCAACAUUGCUCUCCAGUUAAACAAACACGACAAGACCUACAUGAUGCUUGGGAGGGUUCAUUUGCUGGCCGGCGACACCGACAAGGCCAUUGAUGUUUACAAAAGGGCAGUGGAAUUCUCUCCGGAGAAUACAGAACUCCUCACAACUCUCGGCCUCCUCUUUCUAUCUCUUGGGAAAUACCAAAAAGCUUUUGAACACCUUGGAAAUGCCCUCACGUUUGACCCUAACAAUUAUAAGGCCAUCCUGGCUGCAGGCAGCAUGAUGCAGACCCAUGGGGACUUUGAUGUGGCCAUGAACAAGUACCGCGUGGCAGCAUGUGCCGUGCCUGAGAGCCCCCCUCUCUGGAACAACAUUGGCAUGUGCUUCUUUGGCAAAAAGAAAUAUGUUGCUGCUAUCAGCUGCCUGAAGCGUGCCCACUACUUGUCUCCUUUUGACUGGAAAGUGUUGUACAACCUGGGGCUGGUACACCUGACCAUGCAGCAGUAUGCUUCUGCUUUCCACUUCCUCAGCGCCGCCAUCAACCUGAGCCCUCGACUGGGCGAGCUGUACAUGCUGCUGGCAGUGGCUUUGACCAAUUUGGAGGAUGUGGAAAAUGCCACCAGAGCCUAUGAGCAAGCUGUGAUUCUGGACCAAUCAAACCCUCUGGUCAACCUGAACUUUGCAAUCUUCCUCUAUAAUCACGCUGACAAGAAGGGAGCACUGGAUCAGUAUCAGGAGAUGGAGAGAAAAGUCAACACGCUGAGAGACAGCAGUAGCAACUUUGAGUUUGACCCAGAGCUCAUAGACAUGGCUCAGAAGAUGGGAGCUGCCUUGCAGGUGACAGAGAGUGUGGUCUGGACCAAACCAUCCAAAGACUCACUUAAGUCCAAACCAAGCUCAGGAGCAGCCACUCCAAGCCCUGGUGCUCCUCUGGGUACGAACCAAACCCUGGGUCAAGCCAUGUCUUCUGCUGCAAGCUACAACAAGAGCGUCCAGCUACCAACAAGACCCUUCACGCCGCUUGACCCUGACGCAGAUUUGGGCAGUGUUCCCAGUCCGCCUUCAGAUCCUCCAGGUUCCCCAGGGCCUGUCCAACCAGAAGAUCCCAGACCCAAAACAUCCAAAAGGAAAUCAAAGGUGGAAGAAUGACUUACAGACAUGGAUAAAAUGAUUGGGUACCCUAAUGUGAAAGAAAGAAAAACCCACAAUGGUCACUGAAAUAACUCAAAACUGCCAAGAGUAAUACAGUAAUUACAACAAAUAUUGGAAUUUGCCAAAAUGCGACAAGCUACAAAGCUACUGGGAGACAUGUGGAGCUUAGUCACAUUCAGGUAUAUGGUUUUUUAACAGAUGCAACAAUGAAGCAUACAGAGAAAAGAACACCAUACCUACUGUAAAACAUGGAGGAAACACGUUUAUGUUCUAAGGCUGCUUUGCUGCAUCCAACACAGUGACGGCUUAAAGGCUUGGUCUCAGUCGCAGGCCAUGGGUCCUCCAACAGGACAAUGACCCAAAACAUGCACCCAAAGACACUCAAAAGGGCAAACAUUAUUCUGAAGUGGCCUUCUUUCUAUGAUCCAUGAUUUAAAUUCAAUUGAACUUAAAAAGAGCUGACACAUGCAGUCUGUACAAGGCGCCCAACAAAACCUGGGAGUGCUGGAGCAAUUUGCUCAUGAGGAGUGGGUGACAAUACCUUUCGACAGGUGCAGGAGUGUCACUUAGUGUUCCAGGAAGCGUUUGACUGCAGUAAUUACUUCAAAAGGCUCUGUAACAAAAUACUACUUUAAGGGUAUCACAGUCGUGUGCGGUGAGUUUCAUGGCUGGUGAGGCACUGACUCCUUUGGAGUUUUAUGUUAAUACAAUUUGCUCAUUAAGAGGAUGACAAGAACAAAAAGAAAAUAAUUGACUUUGGUUAAAAAUUUUGUUUUCAAAUCCUCCCAUUUAUUUUAUAAGCUGAAAAACAUGCAGUCUGUAUAUGAAUUACAUGCACCCUAUCCUUCUCCAGGAAAAGCUCUGAUACUUUGUUGUAAAAGUCUGAUCCCCUUCUGGUGAGCUUGGAUACAGUAUAUAAUUCUCCAUCUUUCCAGUCAAAUUCAUUCAUUCACUCAUUCAUUCAGCAGAGCAUAAAACUAUAUUUAGUACAUUUGACUUGUUGCAGCUGCUCUAGCUGAAGCUGCUGUAAAAAAAAACAAACAAAAAAAACAGCUGUUUUUUCUUAUGGAAGGGCGGCAGUGACAAGCACCUUACAGCUCACCCCCCCCCCCCCCCCUUCAGGAUGAGGUGGAGUACUGCAGCGCCUCCGCGUAUGACAUUUCUCUGUAUUUUAUCGUCCAAUUAGCAAGAAUAAGUAUGUCACACUUACAUUGGCUGUAGAAAGUCAUGGUGUAUGAUACUGUUGUGCUCAUAAGUAUUCAUACCCCUGGCAUUUUUUUGGUAUUUCUUAUAUAUUUCUUUUCAGAUUGCAUUUAUUCUGCAAAAAAUUACAUAAAAGGGUUGCACCAGGCUUUCACAAAUACAGCAUAUAUAUUUCUGGGGAAUUUCAUUCCUAUUUGUGCUUUAUUUCACAAAUUUACAAAAAAUGUCAUGUUCAUAAGUAUUCAUACCCUUGUCCUCCUGAAGUACAAAGACAGGUGUUUUUCAUGGUUCACUAAUUUUGGUGCACCCAAGCUUUGUCACAUUAGUCCCUGCAUUGUUAUGCAACAAAUCCAAGCCAUGUUGGUUUCCAGAAAAUUCCUGGGGCCUAUAAAUUGAGGGGAUUGGUGAAGUCACUGUCAGUUCAUAGUCAAUGCUAGAAUUUCCACCAUGGUCAAGCAGAAAGAACUGAGUGAGGACCUAAGGUCACGCAUUGUGGAUGCACACAAAGAUGGUUUGGGUUAUAAAGCUAUAUCCAAGUGUUUUCAGGUCCAUCCAAACUAAAGGUGAAGGUCAUGGCAAGAAAACCGACCAAUUUGAAGGACCUGGAGAGAAUUUCGAAGGAGGAGUGGGCCAAAAUUCCUGUGGAAACAUGCCAGAACCUAGUAGUUAACUACAGGAGACGCCUCGAAGCUGUAAUUGCAAAUAAAGGCUUUGCCAUUGAUUAUUAAGUUAUGAACAUGACAUUUUUUGUAAAUUUGUGAAAUUAAGCACAAAUAGGAAUGAAAUUCCACAGAAAUACAUAUGCUGUAUUUGUGAAAGCCUGGUGCAACCCUUUUAUGUAUUUUUUUGCAGAAUAAAUGCAAUCUGAAAAGAAAUAUACAAGAAAUACCAAAAAAAUGCCAGGGGUAUGAAUACUUCUGAGCACAACUGUAUAUGUUUUGCAACACUAUAUUAUUGGCGACAUUCUGACAAACAGGCGCCAUUAUCCAAGUCAGUGCAUUCACUGAGUGCACUCAGACGGCAGGCAGGGCUUGCGCACUAAGCCAAGAAGAGGCGCUUGUGGCAGCCUCAUCUUAGGUUUCGAAAAUGUGUAAAUUCAGCGAUUUUUUUAUUCUAUUUUUUAAGAAAAUGUUAAAAACGAUUGGAAUCAUACAGACAAUACAUUUAUGAUACAUUUCAGUGGACAAAUAUUCAUAUUUAAUUUAUGUUAUCAUUAUUCACGGCAUCGGCUUCUCCUGACCGCACAUCGCCAUCAUUUUUGUCCAGUUAGUUUGAUUAGUUUAUUUAAAGUUCUUUUGAACCACAGUUCAAAAUCAAUAUUUGGUUCCCAUUUGUUAAUUUUUUGCAUAUUUUUCUGUAUUGUCACUUUUGACAAUUGCCAUCUUGCCAAUUUGAAAUUAUUUCAGGGAUUCUUGUGGGUUUUUAUUUCUUUGGCAUAAGGACACCAACAAUUUCCACCAUGUGUGUAAGUUUAGAGGAAUCUCUCACAUUUUCUUGUAGCCCCUGAUGAGAAGGAAAAAGUAACUUUUUUUUCAACAGGAGAAACACAGUUUGUGGUCGUUUGGUUUGUAACCGGUCUUAAUCAUGAGGGGUACUUACAUAUGUGGCGUUAUUAUACUUAUCUCCUUUGUUUUCCAAUGCUUUUUUGUCCUGCACACAAAUGCUUGUGGUUACAAAAAGUGAUUGUAUUUCUUUGAACCAAAGUGUAAGUUUGUGGCAUAGUAAAUGAUGAUGUAUUUCUUCCAUGAGGCUGACAGGUAAGGUAAGGUGUCUGCUGGGAACACAUGCUGCUAAGAUAAACAUCAUUGCUGUGACAAUCAAUGGACAUGCUCCCAAAUGCUAUUGGAUUCCCUUGUGCAUAAAAUAGCUGUACUGGUGGUCCUUGGUUUUACAAUGUUUCUGUGUUGAAUGCUAGAGGGGUCGUGGAUUCUGUGCGCUGUGACACUGAGAUGUGGGAGGAGAAGAGGCGGUUACCCUUCCAGAGUAGCCUGGGCCAGGAUUUUCAGAAUGUAGGACACCCACAGGGAUAAAUGUUCAUUUUAUCCUUUUAUUACUCUAUUUUGUCUUUCGUGUGUUCUGUGUACUGUGUGAGUGACUUAGGAGAUCAUUUGGCUAUAAUUUCCACUUUUACACUAAAACUCGACUUACAUCACAGUCUAUGAACGGAACUGGUUUGUAACCCGAGGACCUCCUGUAGUUCCUAAAAGGUCAUCCCAUUUUUUUGCGCUUUUAAAAUAAAAUUGUAUUGUCAUUAUUUAAAUUCAAUGUUUUUUUAUUUUAUUUCCAAUCACUUGUGGUUUUCUAUAAAGGCAAAAAAUCAAGUCAGUGUCCAAAUACAUUUGUUGCUUUAAACAAAAAUGCAAAUACUUGAUGCUUACAAAAUGAUGCGUAAAAAAGUGUAAAUAUAUGUUGAGUGUCUUGUUUGUAUAGAGCAAUGUGUUUAAUAUUAAACUUGAAGAACAAGGUG